CGCAGGGCCCCUCCCCCGGCCCCCCACCGGAGCGGCCCGGACCCCAAUCCAGCCCAGCCUAGCCCAGCGCUCUGCCGCCCCGCCACCGGCCCCGGGGGACGAGCGGCGCCCCCCAUGUCCCAGCCCGCGGGGGGCUGAAUCCAGGCCGAGCUCCGGACCCCCGACGCCCGCCCGCCCAGGGAACAAAGCGCCAUGGCCGAGGCCGCCCCCGCGCAGAUCUCUCCGUGGAUGAUGGUGACCGCGAUUCAGGCCAUGGAGAGGAAGAUAGAGUCUCAGGCUGUGCGGCUGCUGGCCCUGGAGGAGAAGGCCGGGGGCGCCGAGAAGACAGUGGUCGAGUUCGGCAACCAGCUGGAGGGCAAGUGGGCCGUGCUGGAGACGCUGCUGCAGGAGUACGGGCUCCUGCAGAGGAGGCUGGAGAACAUGGAGAACCUGCUCAGGAACAGGAACUUCUGGAUCCUCCGCCUUCCACCGGCCACCAACGGGGAGGUCCCCAAGGUGCCGGUGACCUCUGACGACGCGGCCGUCUGUUUCUCGGAGCAGGAGUUGGGGAACCUGGACCAGGGGCAGAAGGAGCUCUACAAAAACGUCAUGAAGGGCAACUACGAGACGCUGGUCUCGCUGGACUAUGCCAUUUCCAAACCGGAAAUCCUCUCCCGGCUGGAGCAGGGGAAGGAGCCGUGCGACGUGGAUCGGAGGGGCUCCAAAGGGCCGGCCGCCCCCUCAGACUCGAGCCCCGAACCCUUGGUCCCCGGCCCCGACCUCAUUCUGCAGGUCAAGCCGGAGGCGGAGCGGCGGGCCGAAGACCCUCCGCCCUCGACCGGAGAGGCCUGGGGCGCCCCUCAACUGGUCGCCGAGGACGGGCCGUGGGCCCCGAGUCACCUGGAUCCCGGGGCAGGAGAAAUCUCCGUGGACGGCCACACUGGGCCCCACUCCAACUUCGCCGCCUCCAUUCUGGCGGACUCCUGGCCGGCCAGCCUCCCCCCGCCUCAGCCGCCCGCGCCGGGCCCGGACCAGUUGUUGAAGGCGAACACGGUGGCGUCCUCUGAAGCGGACGUGAAGAUCGUCAUCAAGACAGAGGUCCCAGAGCAGGAGGAGGAGGAGGGAGCGGCCCCGGCGGUCAGCGCGGAGGCCCCUCCGGCCACCUUCUACGGCGCGGGCCCAGCCGCCGGCCCAUUCCCGAGCCCCGGCCCGGGGGCCGCCUGGGAGACCCCGGCCGGCCUGUUCCCCAACCAGGAGCCGGGGCCGGGGGAGCCCGCGGGGCAGGAGCGGGAGCUGGGCCUGCUCAUCCCCAUCCUGGCCCAGGGGGACCCGCCGCCGGCGGACUGGCUCCUGGGCGGGGCCCGGUGGGGGUGGAACUUGGUGCCCAAGCCCCCGGGGACGCUGGCCUACCCCUUCCCCCCCGAGGGGGCGGCCGAGGGCGGCGGCGGGACCACCGGACCGAGCCCCAGGCUACUGGGCGAGCCGUACCACCUCCCGGGCUGGGCCAAGGGCUCGGGCCCCCGGGGCGGCGCCAGGAAGCGUCCGGCCUCGCCCCCGGGUGAGCGGCGGCUCUUCACCUGCACCACGUGCGGGAAGAGCUUCCGGCUGCAGGGGAGCCUCGCGGCCCACCAGAGCACCCACCAGGGGCCGGGGCCGGGGCCCGGGCGGGACGGAGGCGGGGCCGCCGCCAGCGGCCUGCGCUGCGGCGUCUGUGGCCGCCGCUUCAACCGGGCCGCCCACCUGAUCCGCCACCAGAUGCUGCACACGGGCGAGCGGCCCUUCCCCUGCACGGCCUGUGACAAGCGCUUCACCGAGCGCUCCAAGCUCAUCGACCACUACCGCACCCACACCGGCGUGCGGCCCUUCAAGUGCGUGGCCUGCGGCAAGAGCUUCAUCCGCAAGGACCACCUGCGCAAGCACCAGCGCAACCACGCGGGCCCCGGCCUGGGCCUGGGCGGCGGCCCCGCCCUCGGCCAGUUGGUCCCGGAGCCGCCGGGUGUUCCGCCGGGUGUCCCACCAGGUCUCAGGGUCUCGGCCCCGAUGGACCGUUAACCCCCGCCCCCGGCUGGGCCCGGGGAGAGAUGAGGCCCGGGGCGGCGGGGACCCGGGGCGGCGGGCCCUUUACGGAGGGAAGGUCGACCCCCGGAGAGCCGCGGACUCGGUCUCCUCCAGCCCGCCCCCCACCCGUCUGCGGCAAGACGACGCUCUGCCUUGGCCUCGGUUCGCCGGCCGGAAGCGGGAUUCCUCCCCCCGGUCCCUGCAGCGCCCCUUCACCCCUGGGUGGGGGGAUGCCCUCAGCCGUCACCACCUCAGGGUGGGAAGAAGCAUCGUGGAGGCUCCCCCACCCAGCCGCCGUUCAGGGGCAGAAGAGACUGUUUCGGCAUCUCCUCCGUCCCGUUGGAAAAGCCAAGCCGCACCCCUCGGUUUGGAACACCACAUUCCGCUCUCGGCCGCCCAAGGGUGGACGAUUCACCCUGUGAGUUAUCCAGGGUCGAUUUUAAAACUUUUUCUUUAGUUUUUUAUGCUCUCCCCAGCCGGGCCCCUCUCCUCGCCGCCCCUUCUUUCACGAGUCCCGUGACACAUUCUCUCUCCGCCACAGUGGCCCUCUCCUGACCCCACGGUCACAGACCUCCCCCCGCCGCCCCCGCCCACCUCACCUCUCUGCCCCAGCCUCUACCCUCCACUAGCCCCAUUCCCCCCCGGGGCCAGGACCCCCCAUCCCCCCAGUCUCUUCCCUGCUUCGCCUCAUCGGUUUUGCACCCCUCCCCAAGGCGGGUCAUCGAAGCUUGGCGGUUGCUACCCCAAGCCACCUGCUGGGCCGACAGCCGGGAACGGGAGCCUGGUUUUAGCCACUUUCCAUCCAGACGUCCAGGAAGGGAGAGCAGAUCGGUCCCCCGGUUCGGCCGGAUGACGGCCGACCAUCUUUUGUACCUAUCUACGAGUCCGAUGCCGACAUUUUCGUCGUCCUUAUUUACACGUCCGAUGCAGAACUUUUUGAUGUUUUUGACAGUGGAUGAGCAGAGAGUAACUUGUUAUCUAAUAAAAAUGACUGGACCUCACA